AUUUAGUUAUCGUUCCGUGCGAUUUGCGGUUGCUGAAUGGUGAACUGCGAUUCGUCUCGUCUCCGUCGCCGUCAUUUCAUUUGUCCAUUAUCUUCGUCACUCGUCAGUCGAAGGUUGAGUCGUCGAGUUGAGGGAAAGCGGAACAAGCAAACGAGAGAAAGGAAAGAAGGAGAAAAAAAGGAAGUGCAAGUUACAAGUUUUCCGCGAUUUUGUUGGCGAUAUUAUCAAAAAUUGCGUAUUUUGAUGGAAAAGAAAGCUCAAAAAAGUAUUCCGGGAACAGCAUACAGUUCCCAAAAUGGACAUUUACUCGUUUCUUCUGGUAUACCAUCGCUGGAUACGUUAUUAGGAGGUGGUAUACCGGUCGGAACUGUUAUGUUAAUCGAGGAAGAUUUUCACGGGUUUUAUUCUAAAAUAAUUAUGAAAUAUUUCCUUGCUGAAGGUAUUGUUUCCAAACAUUCAACUUUAAUAGCUAGUCAAGAUGUAAAUCCUUCCAAUAUCAUCAAAGAAUUACCUGCUGUGAUCGAUAGUGAUUUAGAUUCCUCAGAGAUUUCUAAUAUAUCCGAAAUUAGUGAUAAAAUGAAAAUAGCUUUCAGGUACCAAAAUUUACCAACUAGCGACAGUUCCAAGAAUCGUGGAAGGCACAUAGGCCAUUUGUAUGAUCUGUCGAAAAAUAUGUCAUUUAGUGAUAUCGAAAAUUCUGAUAUAUGUUAUUGGACAGGGCAACGAAUUGAAAAUGGUACAAGAUUAUACUCGAAUCCCGCGUACAAUGCCCUGCUCCGAUCGAUCCGCAACAAAAUCAGAGACGGCAAGUUCUACUUAAAGGACUCGCCGGAGAAACGGUCCGUACUGAGGAUCGGCGUUCAUUCAUUGGGCUCGCCGAUGUGGCUGCCGCAUAGGAAGUCUCUCCAUUCAAUAGACAGCACCAGGGACCUGGAUAAGUUCAUCUUCUGUUUGAGAGCGUUAGUUAGGUCGGCCUAUGCCGUUGCCGUCGUGUCCAUUCCUACCCAUUUGUAUCACGAGAUCUCAUUGGAACGUUGUAUCCAUUCAAGUGAUAUUGCGAUGAGGCUGCAAGCUUUCAGUGGCACAGAACUCGAAUACAAUCAAAGUCUGGCCGAAUAUCAAGGGUUCUUUUACUUGACGAAAUUGGCCGCUAACAAUUCUUUGGCUUCGAGACAUCCGGGAACGAUGGAGUACGCUUUUAAAUUGAGGAGGAAAAAGUUCUCGAUAGAUGUUCUACAUUUGCCUCCUGAGUUUUAUAAUGUAUUCGAGUAUUACUUUGAGACUGAUAUCCAUGACGAUUCAGAUUCCAAGAAACAAGACAUAUCUGGAUGCGGAGGGCAUACAAAAUCAUUAGAUUUCUAAUUUAUUGAUACACGUGUACCUUGAAUCGACAUUAUCAUGUAAUUUAUUUAUUAAAGAGUAUUAUAUUUUGAAAUGUUUGACAAAUACAAGU